AUGCAACCACUUGUCCUGUAUGACAUCGUCUCCAACUUACCAGGCCAUAACGUCUCACCCAACCCUGCAAAGCCGAGGUUCGUUUUGAGCUACAAGGGUCUCCCGUUCGUAACCCUCUGGGUCGAAUACUCAGACAUCUCAAUCGCUAUGAGGGCCAUCGGUGCAAAGCCAAACAAACGCCAAGACGGCUCGGAUGUCUAUACCGUCCCCGUCCUCAGCGACCCUAACACCGGUGCCCUCAUCACUGACUCCCUCGAAAUCGCCUCCUACCUCGAAAAGACAUAUCCCGAGAAGCCCAUCUUUCCCAACAAUUCAGAAUCCCUGAUACGCGAGUUUGACCCCGCCCAUUUCAGACUCAUUCAACCUGCUUUGAAGUCUAUCUUUGUACGCACCAUAGAAGUAUUCAGUCCCGCCAGUGCCAAGUCCCUCAUUGAAUCUCGCACGAUGGACAUCCCGCUGCCUUGGGAUGAAAAUUAUGAUGAAGACUGGGCCCUACUAGAGAAGGGGUACAAUACUGCGUGCGAGUGGUACCAGAAGACUCACGGGAAGUGGUUCAUGGGCGACGCUUUUUCGUAUGCAGACAUCAUUGUUGCUUCUUAUUUGCUGUGGUUCAAACGAGUUCUGAAAGAGGAUGAGUGGGUCAGGAUCAGUUCAUGGAAUGGAGGGAAAUGGGCCCAGAUCCUUGCAGAUGUCGAGAAGGAGUGUAAAUUAGCGUAG